CCCAUACAGAUCCUGAACCAAAAUUGCCCCAAUUAAAUUAGGGAUCUGGCGAAUUAAUCAAAAAAAACCCUAAAAUGCUUCGUUCGAAGGUUUCGCUUCAAGUUGAAAUUUUCUGCUAAUCAGCACUUGUUUCCACUGAGAUCAGCCGGUAAGGAGUGAUGAACGCUGCACAGCAAGACGGGACAUGCUCGAAUCACGCCGAAAUCUCCGAUUCUUCGGAACAGAAAAACCCAUCGCCUUUUGUGGGCCAUGCAAAGAAACUGAUACACCACAGAAUGCUGAUUGGAAUUAAGGACGGAAGAUUCUUUCUAGGCAGCUUUUAUUGCAUGGAUAAGCAAGGGAACAUCAUUCUUCAAGACGCAGUCGAGUAUCGCAGCACCAGAAGAACUUCUCCUUCACCGAUGGAACAUAGGGCCGUUGGUCUCAUCCUUAUACCUUUCUCUUGUCGAACUUCGUGUCAUGCCGAUUGCUCUGUUGAAGACCAGCUCUCUCUUUUGUCACUUAAAGAUCAAAACUAAAAUACGAGAGCUUUCGACUUGGCUGAUUUCAUUGUGUUAAUGUGACCUAAAUUUGAAUGUAAGCUUGCACAAUUUUGUUCCCCCUGCUAAUAUAGUAAAUUUAUCUCAUUUAUUACAUAAAAUUAAUAUUCACGAAAAUGCCGGUUCUGUAUAUGAUUCUGCAUUAGAACUUCU